AUGAAUGAGGCUGACUAUGAGGCUAAGGUGAACAACCUCUUAAUGGACAAAGAAGCCUAUAUGCCAUCAACUGACAAUGAGCUCAAAAAACUCGUGAACAGUAUAAACAAGACGGUGGAUACGCUGAGAAAUGCGAGGGCGCUCACGAGAAGGGAAGCACUGGCCACAAAAGUCACGAAUGCCGCAAUGCCGCGCUUCUACGGCCUACCACAAAUCCACAAUGCAGGAAUGCCCCUAGAUCCAUCGUCUCACUACGUGGCACCCCAACCUUUGGGUGGUCAAAUUGGUUGCACCAGCGAUUUUCUUUGCUCACCAAAGAUUCGCCGUGUACAAUGA